AGGUGGAAAGCACGUCGGCGCAUUUGGCGAGGUCUUUUUUUCGUGGCGAGUAAUAGUGAAGUCGAUUCACGGAAUAAGAAGGGUCAGGCGAAGCCUACUUUCUUCCAUUGAAUUGUCGCGCGCUCGGGGUGGGAAGGGGAACUCCAGUUCGGCUUUAUGGUGGAAACCUCAUGAAAGAGAGAAAGAGAGAGAGAGAGAGAAAAGAGAAAGAGAAGGCCUUCUUCUCGGCAGGCCGACGGUCAGCCAGUAUGUGCUAGUCCCGCGUAGUAGUAAAUGUGAGGCAGUAAAACGUAGCGGCUGGUGAUCCUCUCACGAUCGGUUCGGAUCGGAUCGGAUCGCAACGCGCACUUUUGAGUCACGCGCGAGAGCGUAGUGAGACGUCACAGACGGUUCGCCGAUUGAUCGAUAACGCAACUGAUCUAAUUCAUUGAUCGUGGUGAUCCCCGUGGAUACUCGCCGUUAGAGCGUGUCCGACCAGCCGGAGAUUCGCACAAGUGAAAUUCUUGUAAAUGACCUCAUGGUCUGCCACGAUGUCGUCGAUAUUACUACUGAAUUGUGUUCUAGCGACAUGGCUGUUUGUCACGGUAGGAGCGAUUACUGUAUCCAUAGAUCGCUCUGACAUUAAUAAAACCCCACCAACACGAUCGUCGAUGAUCGCGAAUGGCUGGCGACCUCUGACCAAUUCCUACGAGGAAUCGAUCGGCACCAACGUGUCGCCGUCGAGCCACUUAGAGAAAAAUGUCCAGGUGCAUCCCGUUCUGAGCAAGUUUCAAGAACAUAUGGCGACUUCGGAAAAACUAAAGCCGUUACGCAAGGGCAAGCCGCCGAUUCAGGAAUACAAUCCUCCGAGUAUACUCGGUAGUUUCACGGUGUUCGGACACGCGGCGACGAAGGCACGUGGCGAAACCAAAACGCCGAACAAGCACGUGGCCACGGAAACCCGGGAGUACACGUUCCUGAUACCACCGCCCAAGGACGCGUACCGUUUCGAGGUCAACCAACACCGCAAGCCGAUCGUGCGCGAGAAUGGUAGCUACUUACCAAGACAGCCGCCGCAGGCAGCCUACCUCACGGCGCAGAAUAUCCAUCAACAACCGCUGGACAGUGUACGCGCGGCGACCUAUUUUAUUAAAGGUUUCCCGAAUAACCGCCCUUACGUUCCACCAUUCGCCAUGCCGCAGGCAUUGCAGCCACCUCGUCAACCUGAGAAACAGUUUGAAUCGUUGAAGGUCGCCAACAGCGCGAAACCAUACUUCCAACCGCCUGGCGCAAAAGCCCCGGGCGACUUUGGCAAGCAAAAGAUCGCCGGUAAUGAUGGCGAUGUCUACAACAGAUACCAAGCGCAGUCUCACACGCAGAUAUUAAACUCGGCGAACACCGGCAACUUCUACAGCCAAAUCAAUCAUCCAUCGAAUCAUUAUAAGCCCUCCUACGAGCGAGAUCCUGCCUUCUUGGUGCACGAGAGUCACGAGGUUAGUUACGUAACUCCUCCCGGCACGUAUAGUAUGUACAGCUUCCGACCCUCGUUACCUUACGAAACUCUGCUGCCGCCUUCGAUCUAUUCACCCUCGUCAACACCACCGACCACUACCGCUGUUACACGGAAUCCCAGCAAAUUCGAUCAAACUAACGACGCGACUCGGGAGAACAAUUAUAAUAAUAAGCGUCCAAAUCAGAGCACGCGUAAUAAGCAAGAGAAAGGACGAACCGAAUUACCUAAUCCCAGAACUACAAGCGCUUAUUAUGUGCCGGAGCAUCAGGAACUUACACCGCCCACGUGGCCAAAGAGCAAAUACGAGUCUGACAUCAACGAAGUUCUGCCGAAAGAGAAUCCACCGAGCAAGUUCAGUCAAGAAGUCGUAAACCAGAAUCAGAUUACUCAAGGCCCGAAGAUCGUGUACCAUAGACCGCAAAGCUCCUUCGAUCCAGUUGAGGUUUACCCACCAACUCCGAUACCGGAUUACGAGACACCAGAGAGCAUCUCUCUGAAGCAUUUCAAUGAGCAACAGUAUCUGUUGCAGCAACAGUUGCUGUUGCGCGAUCGACAGAGACUGGCGGAACAGGAUCGUCAACAGAAACUGGAGAUCGAACAGCAACAGCAGGCGGAGCUGAAGAAACAGCAGGAAGAGCUUAAUCAGCUUUCGCAACGGGAGAAGGAGGAAGAAGAGGCGGCUAGACUUGCAGCAGAGUCCGCGAAAAAUCAGUCGCAGGAGAUUAUAAAGAUCUCAAGUGACAUGCCAUACACGAUUCAAUUGGAGCAAUUCGAACCGCAGGUCACUACAGUUGGAAAUAUUCUAGUAUCGCAGUCUGAUAUUUAUAACAUCGAUCAGCUGGGACUUCAACCUCAGAUAUCCCAGAUUCCGGAGAACCAGGUGAAUCAGAAUUAUCAAUAUCAGCAGCAUUAUCAGAAUGGGUAUCAGGAGCAACAGGUCAAUUAUCGUGAGCCCCAAACCGAGACGCGACCGUAUCGUCCGCAGAAACCGUCACGUGUUCCGCAACGCCGCAAAAAGCCAACGAGCAUCACGCACGAGCUCUCACCGACGGAGCCGCCGAAUCAACCGCCGGAAACCGCCACUCCCUUGACUUUAUAUGCGGAAGAUGUGCCGAUUCAGACGACGGUGGCACCGGAAGUGCAAACGGUGCCAGUGGUAACGACGCAGAGAUCCAGAACUCGUCGUCCGGUUGGCCCAGGUCGCCGAAGGAAGCCGACGACGACCACGCAGGAGCCUCUCACGACAUCUUAUCAGGAGGAAGACUUCCUCAAGUAUAAUAGCGAGGACGUGCAGCAUAAUCAACACGACUCAGCGCGAAGAAGGCGAAUAAAACCCACCCAGGCGAGUUACAACGAGGACGUGGAGAAAAGAGGUAACGUCAGAAAACGACCUAGUCAUCGUACGAAAGUGAGCCACGACGAGUCGUACGACACGCAGUUCAUCACGGAGAAUGCGCACAUCUCCCUAAAUUCUUACGGACAAACCACGGAGUCCGCGCCGAGCUACGAUGAGAACAAUCAGUUCGCGACGAAUCAACCAAGCGUUUCGUACGAAACGAACCAGCCGAUUAAUCAGUAUUAUGACUACUCCUCACGGCAAAAUGAGGGAUAUCGCGAGAACCAACGCGAGGAACAUCGUGAAGAGAGCAUUGUACCGGAACAAGUGCCGGAAUACUUCACGGAGAUCAGCCGUGGCAAGGUCGAAGAUUACAAUGUCGAUACUCGCCAGCAAAACGUUAACAUCGUCACCGGCAUACCACUGGAAGAGCUCUACGUGAAGACCGACGGUAAUUAUUUCGAUCGCACGACCACAGACGUGACAACCGCGUCAACGACAACGACAUCGACGACAACGACCACUCCGCAACCGGCAACGCAAACUCCUCAAAUCGCCACUUCUACAUCGAGGUCUCACAAGAUAGGUCGCCCGUUGAGAUAUGGCAACGCUACUAGACCACGUUUCAGCAUCAAGGAUUACAAGAGCCGCAUGGAUUACAAGAACAGACUAUCGCAAAGCUCUACGACGGAGGUGGCACCGACACCAUCCAGUGAAGCCUUAACGCGCGGUCCUCACAACAGACAGAGAACGUCGAGCGCGAAGAACCAACAAACACAGCUGACGGGCGACACUGUACGAGAGACCACCGGCAGGUACAAAUACGUUUCCAGGAUAAACUAUCGAACCACUACGUCAUCCCCUACAGCUGCAAGGGAUCACGAACGAUACUCGGAAGAGAGCGCGUCUUCGACGACCGAAAAGAACAACAGAUUCAUACCGAAGAGGCGGCCGAUCAGUGGCAACGUUUACCGAAGUAGAAUUGCCUCUACGACGAUUAGUCCCACACGAUCUCAGAUCAGCAGUGAGGCGAAUAUCAGGCAGAGCUCGACGCGACCCGAGAACGUGUAUUCGUCGUCGAUACGCAGGAGACCGAUCGUGAAGAACAGGCUGCAGAAGGAGAACAGUGCGGUCACGAAUAGUAAACGACAAGAAGAAUCUACGGAGAUGGCUGCUGAGGAAACUAAUUUCUACUCGACUGCUUCGUCGACUAAUCGUUUUGUGGGCAACGAGAUCAUCAGCGAGAAGGGAGAGGCGGCGUCGCUCGACGAUCAUUCGGUGAAACUCGAUGUGCAGGAGAACAAAAACCAAGAAGAAACUGUUUCGCAGAAUGAGGAGACAAAAGCGGCGCCAACCGACGCGGCAUUGGUCGAGGACGAUCACGGACGGAUUUCGAGUGAUGUGACUGAGCAGACGAGUCGAGUCGAGAAGCCGGAAAUCUCCACGACGACCGGAAGCGAGAGCGACGCGGCGCAAGAGGGACAGCCGGAAGCUAAGGAGACUACGACGAAGUUCGAUGUACAAUCCGAGGAAGAACUAUUCGCCAAGGCGUCGCAGAGCGUGGCGGAUCUGACGAGCUCCGCCUCCGCUCUGUACGACAAGCCGGGCAUGUUCAAAGCGGUCUCGCCGGAAAGCAGACUCGUUUCGUCACAGUUCAAGAUCAACACGGACGAACCGACGUUACCUAUCGAGGCUUUUUUCCAGGAGCUCUCGAAGAAGAACUGACGACUCGCGAUAAAUCUCUCUGCCGCGAGCAAACUGUCGUCGAAUCCGUAGCACACGCGAUCGACAAUUCCGUGCUUUGAGAAGCAAUGAAAAACCGUAGGAGGAUUUGUGAGCUUCCUUCGAGAAACAUCCAGAAUUUAUUUUCGAUAAUACCUGAUUUCGUAGGAUUUUCUUUAACCCUAUGAUCGAUAUUCGCGGAUUCAGUGUACCUUAAAUUAAUGUAUUUUUGCUCAAAGUUAGUAAUUAAAGUUAGUAAUUAAUGAAUACUUUUUUUAUUUUGGAAGUCAAAA